AUGCGAAACCGGCUGGAGGUCAAGUUCCCCAAGUCACAGCAGCCUGCCGUGUCCCCCAGGCAGGCUGCCCUGGAGAUCACCGCCCGUUACUGUGGCCGCGAGCUGGACCAGUAUGGACAGUGUGUGGCCACCAAGCCCGAGUCAUGGCAGCGGGAUUGCCACCACCUCAAGAUGAGCAUCGCCCGCUGCACGUCCUCCCACCCCAUCAUCCGGCAGAUCCGCCAGGCCUGUGCCGAGCCAUUUGUGGCGUUCGAGGAGUGUCUCCGCCAGAACGAGACGGCCGUGGGCAACUGCGCGGAGCACAUGCACCGCUUCCUGCAGUGCGCCGAGCAAGCCCCACCACUUCCUGCCUCCUGAAACUGUUGAAGGAAAACUGGACUUUGUGUCUUCACCGUGAAGAGUGACCAAAUGGGGUCUAGGGGCCAUGGACAUGGGCCUGGUUUCCUGGACAUCAGGACUCACAGUAAAUAAAGAAUUUGUCUACCA